GAAAUCCGUCUGAUGGUCUGAAAAUCAGACCCGUUUUUUGCUGUUCAUCUGAUUUUUGGACGGGGUCUAAUAUUUCGUCUGAACGUCCAUACUUGUUAUAAAAUUUCCACAGGGGAGAAACUCUGUCAGAGUAACUCGAGCCUUGAUUCCGGAUUAAACAGAAUUCACCACGCCCCCAACUCGGACGAAAAAGAGUGGGGAUGGGGGGGAACCCGGGAGAAACAGACCCUCCCAAACCCUUAGCGUAGGCCCUGGACGUGGACGCCCUUCGAACUUGCAGCACUAGCGCCUCCUACUGUCUCCUUGCAAUCCCAAACACUUCCAUUUUCGCAGCAGCCGCUGGCACUGGCAUAAUCGGGUUGACUGCGUCGGGUGAUUGCGUUGCCAAAAAAUACACCCAGGGACUUACAGACGACAACGAGAAUACGACAGGCAAGGUCAAUAGAGUUCGCACUAGCCGCCGACCCAUAGACCGUCGCGACUCGCUAGGAGUUUAUUUCUUCAAGAAACAAGCCCCGAUUUGGACUCCAACCCGCGCACCCCGCGAGGUACUCUUCAAGGAGGUGCAAAACCGCUCUUAAAAUCCUACAUAUAUAUAUAUAUAUAUAUGCUCCUAUAUAAUAGCCUAUAUAGUCCUCCCGCCGCUUGUACCGCCGGGCGAUGGGGACGCGACGGGGUAUCGCGUGGCGGGACAUGGCGACAGCGGUGGUGGUGGCGCUGGUGGUGGCGCGCUGCUGCAUGCCUCUCGCACGGGCUGCACCCGUGCUGGACCCUGACAUGGGAGUGUUGGAGAGUUUGGCAUCUGAAUGGAGUGAGGUCAACGGAACGAGCACAUGGAGCAGAGGCAGGGAUUGUGAGAGCAUGGCUCUUGUGCGCUGUGAUGGCGACGGGCAUGUCAUUGCACUCAACGUAGUCCAUAGAGAUCCGCAUGAAAUCUACUUGCCAGAGACCAUCACGGGCUUCACGCACCUCACCAUGCUGUCCAUCACGGACAGCUUCCUGAUCGGCCCCCUGCCAGCUGCUAUCUUCACCAUGCCCAAUCUCAAGCACCUUAAUCUCAGUCAUUGCGUACUCUCAGGCAACUUACCUGAUGCAGUAGGCCUUGCAACAGGCCUCCAGACCCUGGAUCUGUAUUACAAUCAACUCGAAGCCCUCCCUGCUUCCCUGGGAAACCUCACGACUCUCACGCACCUUGGUUUGGGCCACAACUGGUUUUUUGGCUCCCUCCCCGAUUCUUUGAGCAAGCUAUCUUCUCUCGUGUACCUCUCAGCAAACCGCAACGGCCUCAACGGUUCCAUUCCCCAAUUUCUGGGCAAUCUGCACCGCCUCACAUACCUUGGUUUGAGCGACAACACACUUUCUGGCUCCCUCCCUGCUUUCUUGGGCAACCUCUCCUCUCUCGUGCACCUCUCGGCAAGCCAAAGCACUCUCAGCGGGUCCAUUCCCGAAGAGCUGGGCAAUCUGCACUGCCUCACGUACCUGACCCUCAGUCACCAAAAGCUCUCAGGGGCCAUCCCUGAGUCAAUUGGAGCCCUCACCAACCUGGAAUAUCUGGACCUGAAGUUCAACAGGCUGACUGGCACCAUCCCUGCCUCCAUAGCCAACCUCACCCGCCUCACUGAACUAGUUCUCUCCAACAACUUCCUUGCAGGGUCACUUCCUGCUGCACUCAGCGCACUCACGAAUCUCGAAGAAGUGUCACUCCCUUGAGUACAACCAGCUGGCGGGAUCCCUCCCAUCCUUCCACCACUUGAGCCGCCUCAGCAGGCUGAAAGCCAGCAACAACUACCUCACAGGCAGAGCAGCGCCGUUUCCUGAAUGCCUCUCUCCAGAUCGCACCUCGGCCUGCCCCCAUGACUGCCUCUACCCCCCUACUGAGUCCGACAUCCACGGAAACUGCCUUGUCGGAUCUACUUUCUCGUGUGAGGGGUGGCAGAAGAGUAGCCACGAAUGCCGGUUGUUCUGUGGGGCCCGGCCUCUCACCCCGCCCUGCAGCGGCCAUGGCGUGUGCUCCUUUGAGCCAGGCGAAUAUCACAACAUGCCUGCAAUGGGGGCACAGUGCACGUGUGAUGAGGGGUACAUGGGAGCUGCUGGCACUUGUGUCCCUCGAGGUUCUGCAUUUGUGUGGGCGGCACUGUCAGCUCUCCAGGCGCCUCGAAAUCUGCUGCUGCUGCUGGUGCUGCUUCCUCUGGCGGUGCUGCUGCUGCUGGCCUUCUCACUGCCACAGUUUUUACGACGUUUUAAGAACAAACCCCAUGCAGCUCGUUAUUUUUUUUCAAAGAAAGCCGUUGCUGCCCGGCGAGCUGCUCUAUGUGUAGAGGUCACUUCCUAGGCAGACGGCUAGCAAGCAGACAAGAAGUGACCACGGCCAUCCCAUUCAGUCAAACUUUGCUCCUGGUUCCCAUUUACAUUGCGUUUCCCGCUCUUUUUGAGGCGUUUUAUUGGUCUAGUGCAAGGUGCAGAACAUACAGAUGGUCUGGCCAUCCCUGAGUGAAAUGGCAAAAACUUGUUCUGCGGUUUUUAAUGUG